GUAUGGAUGAAGCGGAGUCCAAAGAGUCGGUGCACAAAGCUGAGCAGACAGAAUCUCGCUCAUUAAUAAUAAAAGCUGAGGAAGAGGAGGCGACACCGCAGCGGGGACACUUGGGGGACCUCUCGGCAGGUGAAGAGGACAUGACCAAUGGUCUCACAUCUCAUAACAGCCACGAUGUUCCUGUGACCUCUGUAUGCUCCCCAGGCACCAGUUACUGGUGCGUCUCCGAGAGCGCAGACUCUCCUUUCCUUCUGUCUCCAAUCCCAGGACCAUCUACAAAGGCCCCUCCCUCAAAGAACACGCCUGGCCGAGACCACCGGCGUUAUUACCAUGAGUACUGGCGCAGCGAGUACCUCAUGGACUUUGACCCGCAGAGACAGGGGAUGAUCUGCAUGGUUUGUGGCAGUUCACUGGCAACCCUGAAGUUAAGCACCAUCAAGAGACACAUCAAUCAGAAGCAUCCGUACUCGCUGCUGUGGACCGAGUCUGAUAAAGACGUGAUCCGGUCGGGAUGGGAGAGUCAUUUGAAUCGAGAAAACAGCCAGCCGUUGUGUCCCGAGCCAGAUGUUCCUCCGGAGUCACAGGAGAUUCUGGAUGUUAACAGGCACUCCACAGGCAAACCUAGUGGUUCCAUCUCUCCAGUACUUCAGGCCCAGUCUGGCAUUAGCAGGGUCACACCUUCCCCUCCGGCCUCCUCGGUCCAGGAGCUCCCAGGCCCUACAGCUCAGGUGAUGGAGCGCUACCUGAACGACUCGCUGCACGCCUGGUUUCGUCAGGAGUUCCUGAUGGAAUACCAGGCAGAGGAGGGCCGUCUUGUAUGCAUGGUAUGCAGCUGUCUGUUGCCUUCACUGCACCUGGAUCACAUCAAAAGUCACAUGUUGGAUCUGCACCCAAACUCUCUGCUGUACAGUGCUGAGGAAAAGCACUCUAUCCUGCAGACCUGGGCUAAGACGCACGGUGAAGAAUAUCACUCUUUGCAACCUCAAAUCAAAUCGGAACAACAUACCAAAGAAAUAAACCUAGACGGUUCAGCGUCGUUUGUCCCUCUGAACAUGGAUCCCAUUCAGGGAAACCUGAUGAACUACACAAGAGGAGAUGAGAAUCCCCCCGACACCGGCCAGAGAUCCCAGUCCUUACCUUACUAUCCCAGAAAGAGAAGACUGAAAUACGGCAGCCCCUGGCGUCUCCGGCUGGAUUAUUUAGUGGCGUACGGUCCUCCGGAAAACCCGCUCUGCUACUGCAUGGUGUGUUCCGAACACCUGCCUGUGCCGAGGGUCAGCAACUUCCGCAAGCACAUCCAGGAGUGUCACCCAGAGACGUGCAGCCUCAGCCGAAGUGAGAGAGAUGCCGUGGUCAGCGCCUGGAUAAAGGAGGAGAAAAUCGACAAGGCCGCACCAAAAGAGGAUGACCCGCAAAGCGGCCCCGUCACUACAAACGCUGCCGGUGACACACGGGUGUCUCCUGUGAAAGCCACGGAACAAGGAGGUGAAACCGAAGACAGUAAUAGCACAAAUAUCACACCGUCAACACAGAUGACUGGGCGGCACAGGCACUACCCGGGGAAGGACCAGCGGCGCAAUUACCAGGCCCGCUGGAAGAUGGACUUCCUGAUGGACUACGACUGCAGGAAGCACGGGUUGAUCUGCAUGGUGUGUGGCGCCACGCUCGCGACACUAAAGGUCAGCACCAUCAAGAGACACAUCUUACAAGUGCACCCUCACUCGCUGGACUACAACCCAGAGGAGAGGCAGCUGGUCCUGCUUUGCUACAACCAGAUCUCAGCGCACUUUCAUUCGGAUGACUGUUUUUCGGGUUCGAGCCACGGCCAUAAAGAGAACGCUAACGGCAAUGCUUAUGUUAAUACCGAAUGCACUACGAGCCAGAGCACUUAAUUGAAACAGAAGGGUUAGGGAUGAGUUUUCUACAUCCUGUUUUCGUUUUCCUUCACUCAGGAAGUUUGCUGCGGGGUUACGCUUUUUUUUUUUUUUUUUUUUUUUGAAGGAUUUGACAUUGUUGAAGAAUUAAUGUACUUUUUGUCUCUAACAAAGUGAGUAAAACAUCUAAAAUGUUUGAUAAGCUUAAAAAGAAUAUUUAUGCUUGAAUCACUUUUGUAAGCGGAACAUACGCCGUUUAAACGGUUCGUUUUUUUUCAAGAAGCGGUUUUGCUGAACUUACAUUUUCUCUUCUGUGGAUAAGCACUCUUAAAUGCAUUUGUACAUUCAUUGCUCUUUUUGCAGACUGCAAGACUGUUAUUGAUUCCCAUGCUUGACAUUUUUGCAUGACAUCAACACAUUACAGUGAACGAUAUUGUUUUACUUACCGCACUUAAAAUAGGUGCUCAGUGAGGGGGUUAAAACCUUUUGCGUUUUGAAAGAAAAAGCAUAAAUAUAAUAUAUGGUUUAUAAUGUUAAUGUUAUAUAUUACUGGUUCAGUUCACCAAAAAGUUAUAUAUUGAAAUAAAAAUCUUAUGGACGUCCUGUUUAGGCAAAGUCCGGUUUCUUUUGAGUGAGAUCCAAGCCUCAGGGAGUGUUUUAUUCAUCACUGAUUUUCUGCAUUUAUGAAUCUUGUUCCAUUUGGAAAUUGAAUUUAUUCAGAAAGGUGCAAUUAAACGGGCAGGUAAUGCAUGCAUGUGCUCUAAUCAUUAACACUUCCUGGUUGCAUUCAUUUAAUAUAUACUAUACAGCCUGGAAUAUGUUAUCAAGACGUAUCCUGUUUGCUCAUUUAUUUCUCAUAUCAGAGGAAUUUUGCACUGGUCUAUGACAAACUUGUGACGUUUUCAGUUCUUUUUAAUCCUGUACAGAGUGAGCUAAAAAAAAACGAAUGCUUCGUCAGCACUGGUGUCAUAUGAUGAUGCACAAGUUUUUCACCUCUUCUUUUAACGCCAUUUUUCUUGACCAAAUGCAACUUGGAGGCACUUUCAAAGUUUGGAACAUCCCACAGAUCUUUUCCUGGAAAAUGGCACACUGUUGUGAUGACGAGGUUCAAACUCUCAGGGUUGUAAUGUUUAGCAGUAACAUUUCAUCGAUUACUUUUUAAAUGAUGUAUGCAUAUAACGUACUACAUUCAUCACAUGUACAUACACUCUUCUCGAGUUUGGAUUUAAAUAUCAUUCCUUGUAUGAUUUACUGCAACACCAAUAAUCAAUAAAAUGUCCAUUAAUGUCGAUAUGAAAAGCCUAGUUCUUUAAAUUAAUAAAUUUUUUUUUUUCCCAUAAAUGACAUUUCUGGUACAAAUGAGAUGUUCACAACAAAACUUUGAUCUAUAAGAUUUUAAUAUUAUUUAAAUGUUCACCACAGCAUUUAUUUGAUGAAAAAUACAGUAAAACGGUAUUACUGUAAAAUGACAUUUUUAUUCUAAUUUAAUAUAUUUCUGAAACUUUUGCUGGUAAAGCAGAAUUGAGCACCACUUCAGUCUUCAGUGUCACAUGAUCCUUCAGAAAUCAUUCUAAUAUAAUUUUCUGAUUUGGUAAUCAUUUUUGUCGGUGUUAAAAACAGCUGCUUAAUAUUUGUGCGUAUUUUCGGUCACUUUCGAUGAAGUUAAUGCACUCGUGUUUAUUAAAAAUAACAAUCAAACAAAACGCGGCAAGCGAUACAAAUGCUUUUGGCAUUUUAUUAAGUUCACUUUGACAUCAUUACAGGGACCACAAGUUUUCCUGUUUGCAUCUUUUUGCAUCCCCCAAAAGCUCCCACAUAUUAACUUAAUUCAAAACUAACAAACUGAAUGUAGAUGUUAGUCAUCACAUCUAGUCUUCAAGAAUCAAAAGCAAAAAAAGAACGUGACCUCUGUCACCCCUUCUCGGAGAGAAACACGGGAAAGAAGAAACAGCAAACAUGCUAAGGUACUACAGGAAUAAGUAAAAAAAAAAAUAUGCCCAAAUAUUAAACUGAACCUCAGAAAGAGAAGAAAGCAGAUAAUAAGACAAAGAACCUAAACAGAGGUUUGCAUCUCUUAAAAAAUUAGUUAUAUAGUCAUCAUUUACCCUUAAAUUCAAAGAAAACAAUGUGGUAAUGCAAAUUGUCAGAGCUUGACCUGUUCUUCGAAAGCAACACCGCACAUGUGAUCUCGACUGUAGAACAUGCUAGUUAAGCAACACAAUGACAAGACACUUCCGUCUGAAUCCGAUCAUGUGUGUAAGCAUGCAUACGACACAAAUAGGAUGAAAGAGAGAGAGAGAGAGAGAGAGAGGAAAAAAAAUAAAAAAUUAACAGCAAAUCAAAUUAUAUUAGAAAGGGGCCGUAAUCACAGAACAAACUUUUAAAACGUGAUGGAACGUGUUAGUGUUAAAAUGUCAAUUUUCCCAAUUUGGACAUGCUUCCAACUGCAUCAGCUGGAAUGUUAAGCGAAAAACACGAUAAAACCAUCAGGAGCCGACAGGCUACGCAGUGACAAAAGCAACAAUGCGAAUGCAACUUGAUAUACGGCAGAUAAUCCAUUUAUCACGUCGUAACUGUGUAGUAGUUUUUGCGCGGACUGAUGCUGCUUUCAAACACAGCGGGCCCAACCUGAAGUUAUUUUCACUACGCUACCCUUCCCUUUCUCGCAGUUGUGUCCUAAAAGCCAACAGUGUUUACAGUGGGGUUUCGACUUUUAAGGAAAAACAGUGUUAUUAGUAAGUGUGUAAUUAUCCAGCUUAAAUAAUAGCUCUUUGCAGCCUUUAAAUAUUUCAACUUCUUCAGUGCUCAAGGUGGUAAACGAUGCCCCGAAAUGCUGACAAAAACAAAAAAAAAACCUCUUACUUAUCUAGAUGACAAAUGAUGGGCACUGGCCCCGUUUCAACAGAAACCGAUGACUUGUGGGGCCAACAUCACAUCAAGCAGAAAGUUACUGCCUUCCUAUACUCCUAUAUUCUGGUGCUCUGACGA